UAUUGAAAAAGUCCUUCAAUAUUAUAGAGUUCACAUUUUUGUAUAUAUAUAGGAACCUUUGUUCUUGCCAGUUGAUAUAUUCUUCUUCUUCUCAACUGCACCAUCUAUACCUGGUCCAAGCAAGAAUAGUAUUUUACUUUUGUUUUACAGCUACACAAUGGGGUUUAGAGAAGUUUGGAUGUUCUUGUCAAUAAUGCUUGCAAUUGCAACUGCUGCUGUGGAUCAACAAACAUACAUAAUUCACAUGGACACGACAAAGAUGACAACCACCAACCCAGAACAAUGGUACACAGCCAUGAUUGACUCACUCAAUGAACUCCCAUCUCUCGACGACGAAAACAAAGAAGAAGCAUCAGACACUGCCGAGAUUCUCUACGUCUACAAAACUGCCCUUUCAGGUUUUGCUGCGAAGCUCUCCAGAAAAAAACUUGAUUCUUUAAGCAAAAUUCCAGGCUUUCUAGCAGCCACUCCAAAUGAACUACUACAGCUUCACACCACUCACUCCCCUCAGUUUCUUGGCCUAGAAAGAGACCAUGGCCUUUGGAAUUCUUCAAACUUAGCUUCUGAUAUAAUUAUUGGUUUGCUUGACACUGGCAUUUGGCCUGAGCAUAUAAGUUUUCAAGACAAGGGUCUGUCCCCUGUGCCCUCAAAAUGGAAAGGCAUUUGUCAAGCAGGCCCAAAGUUCUCACCUUCAAAUUGUAACAAAAAGCUCAUUGGAGCAAGUGCCUAUAUUAAAGGCUACGAGGCCAUCGUUGGUACAUUGAACGAAACAGGGACGUUCCGAUCGCCCCGGGACUCGGAUGGGCACGGGACACACACAGCUUCGACUGCUGCUGGAAGUAUGGUAAACAAAGCAAGCUUUUUUAACCAAGGCAUGGGAGUAGCCACUGGAAUGAUGUACACCUCAAGGAUCGCAGCCUACAAAGUAUGUUGGCCCUUGGGAUGUGCAAAUGCCGAUAUUCUCGCAGCCAUGGACAGCGCCGUGGCCGAUGGAGUCGAUGUUCUAUCGCUCUCUUUGGGCGGUGGUGCUGGUUCUUUUUACAGAGAUAACAUUGCCAUAGCCGCAUUUGGUGCUAUUCAAAAUGGAGUUUUUGUUUCAUGUUCAGCUGGUAAUUCUGGCCCGUUUAUCUCAACUGUUGGUAAUGCAGCCCCAUGGAUCAUGACAGUUGCUGCUAGCUACACAGACAGAACUUUCCCAACCACUGUAAAGCUUGGAAAUGGACAAGUUUUUGAAGGCUCUUCUUUGUAUUAUGGCAAGAACAUAAAUUAUCUCCCACUUGUCUAUAACAAUACUGCUGGUGAUGGACAAGAAACAAAUUUUUGCACUGCUGGUUCACUUGAUCCAACAAUGGUGAAGGGAAAAAUUGUGUUGUGUGAAAGAGGAUCAAACUCAAGAACUGAUAAAGGAGAGCAAGUGAAACUAGCAGGAGGAGCUGGGAUGAUUCUAAUCAACACACAAUUUGAAGGCGAAGAGCUUUUUGCUGACCCUCAUGUUUUGCCAGCCACUACUCUUGGAGCUUCAGCUGGCAAAGCCAUCUUAGACUAUAUAGCUUCCUCAAAAAGUCAAGCGAAAGCUUCGAUGGCAUUUGAAGGGACUAAAUACGGUAGCAGAGCGCCUAGAGUGGCUGCAUUUUCUUCUCGAGGGCCAAGCUUUGUUGGACCGGAUGUGAUGAAGCCAGACGUAACUGCACCUGGUGUUAAUAUAUUAGCCGCUUGGCCACCGAUUGUGAGCCCAAGUGAACUCGAUUCUGAUAAAAGAAGAGUAUUGUUCAAUAUCAUUUCAGGAACUUCUAUGUCUUGCCCUCAUGUUAGCGGUUUAGCUGCAUUGCUUAAGUCGGCUCACAAAGAUUGGUCGCCUGCUGCGAUUAAAUCCGCGCUAAUGACUACAGCUUAUGUUACUGACAACAAAAUGAAUCUCGUGUCCGACGUCGGACAUCCUAGUGGUGGACCUGCAGACCCUUUUGCCUUCGGCUCUGGCCAUGUCGAUCCCGAGAAAGCUUCCGACCCAGGGCUCGUCUACGAUAUCACACCCCAAGACUACAUAAACUACCUGUGUAGCUUGAAGUAUAACUCAACACAAAUUGCUUUAGUUUCAAGAGGGAAUUUCACAUGUUCAUCAAAAAGAACAUUGCUUCAGCCACGAGAUUUGAACUACCCUUCUUUCUCUGUGUUCAUGAAGAAGAAGGCCAAAAAUGUUUCCAUUACAUCCAAGAGAACAGUGACAAAUGUUGGUAUCCCAAGAAGUGAUUACACUGUUAAAAUCAACAAUCCAAAAGGAAUAAGAAUUACUGUGAAGCCUGAGAAGUUGAGUUUUGGGAGCUUGGGAGAGAAGUUGAGUUUCCAAGUGAGUUUUGUUGCAUUGGGAGGAAAAGAAGCUUUGAGUAAGUUUUCAUUUGGAGAUCUUGUUUGGCUCUCAGGAAAAUAUGCUGUUAGAAGUCCUAUCGCGGUAACUUGGCAAUAGAGAGGACGAUGAUGUGGCUGCACUUUGGAGUAUUUCAUUUCAGCUUAUAUAUUUUGCCAAGACCUAAGUUUUAACUAAUUUAUAAGCCUUAAAACCUUGGAAGUUUUAAUGUCAUUCCAUGAAAUGUUCACAUACUAUGUAAUAACGUUAUGCUUGAUAAAUUACUAAAAUGGUAUCUUAUUUUCAGUUAUUAAUGAUAGAUUACUAUGAAA